AUGGGAAAUUUGCGACUUCCACUUUUCAUGAAGAACUAGACAACGUAAAAAAGGUGAUUGCUUGAAAGACACCUAUUUGUCCCUUUCGUUUGACUUAAUUUAUCCCGUAAUACCCACUGUAUAUUCUUUUAUAAAUCUAACCUUUAUUGACCACAAAGGUUAAGUUAUAAAGCACAAAUUUCCCAAACUUUUGAAAUGAAAACCAUAUCGUACUCCAUUGAGGGGAAGGGAAAUAUCUGAAGAAUAUCAUAAUGCUUUUUUCCAGGUUGCACCAGGUGAGCUUGAAGCUAUAUUAAUCGCUCAUCCAAAAAUCCAAGAUGCCGCGGUUAUUGGCAUACCUGAUGAAGAAUGCGGAGAACUGCCAAAAGGUUUCAUUGUAGCGAAAGAUAUGAGUGAUGAGGAAGUACAUAGUUAUCUGGAAAAGAACGUUGCUCAUUAUAAGAAGCUGCGUGGUGGCGUAGAACGUGUUGAUGAGAUCCCGAAGUCAAUUAGUGGCAAGAUAUUGAGAAGAGUUUUAAGGGAACAGGAAUUAUCGAAGUAG